GAGCAUGCGCCCAGCGAGUAAUGGCGACGGCGAAGGUUUUUUUUCACGGACUCAUAAACGGCUUCUCUCAAUCCCUUUUGUUUUAAAACAAUUCCACAGCAGAGGGGAGGAUUUGGAGUGGGGUUGAAAUCCAAUGAAGUCACCUGACUUAUCACAACUUGAAUCUCAUCAGUCUUCGAAAAUGGAGGGAAAAAGCACUGUUCAGAGUGGGGAGAAACUGUACUCAUGUUGUGUGUGUGGACGAAGCUUUAGCCAAUCAGCUGGCCUGUCAAGACACAAGCGCAGUCACACUGGAGAGAAACCAUGGAAAUGUAGGGACUGUGGGAAGGGAUUCGGUUACCCGUCUGAGCUGGAAACACAUCGGCGCACUCACACUGGGGAGAAGCCGUUCACAUGCUUGGACUGUGGGAAGGGAUUCACUCGGCCAUCAAAUCUGCUGACACAUCAGCGUGUUCACACCGGGGAGAUGCCGUUUGCCUGCUCCAAGUGCGGGAAGGGAUUCAUUGAUUCAUCAAACCUACUGAAACACCAGCGGGUUCACACUGGGGAGAGGCCGUUCACCUGCUCUAAGUGCGGGAAGGGAUUCACUCAUUCAUCCACUCUUCUGCGGCACCAGCGAGUUCAUACCGACAAGAGACCUUUUAAAUGUCUGGACUGUGGGAAGUACUACAAAAGUUCUGGGGAACUGAUGUACCAUCAGCGUGUUCACACUGAUGAGAGACCUUUUAAAUGCGCAGACUGUGGGAAGUGUUUUAAAAGUUCCUGGGAACUGAUGUCCCAUCAACGUGUUCACACUGACGAGAGACCAUUCAGGUGCUCCCACUGUAUGGCUGGAUUUUUGCGUUCAUCUGACCUUGCUGUACACCAGCGCAUUCACACGGGCGAGAGACCGUUCACCUGCUCCGAGUGUGGGAAGGGAUUCAGCCAGUCAUCUACCCUGUUAACACACCAGCGGGUUCACACUGAUGAGAAACCUUAUAAAUGCCUAGCUUGCAGGAAGUGUUAUAAAAGUUCCUGGGAACUAAGAUGCCAUCAACGUGUUCACACCAAUGAGAGACCGUUCAGGUGCACUCACUGCAGCGCUAGGUUCAGACGAUCAUGUCAACUCACUGUACAUCAGAGAAUUCACACUGGGGAGAGGCCGUUUACCUGCUCCGAGUGUGGGAAAACAUUCACUCAGUCAUCCCACCUGCAGAAACACCAACAAGUUCAUAACAACACUAUGGAGAAGCCAUGGAAAUGUCAGGACUGUGGGAAGAGAUUUCGAUCUCCUUCUGAGCUAGAAACCCACCGACGCAGUCACACUGGAGAGAGACUGUUUAACUGCUCCAAGUGUGGGAAGGGAUUUACUCAGUCCUCCCAUUUGCUGACACACCAGCGUGUUCACACUAAUGAGAGACCUUUUAAAUGUCCAAACUGCGGCAAGUGCUACAAGAGUGCCCGGGAACUCAUGUCCCAUCACCUUGUUCACUCUGAGGAGAGGCCAUUCAGGUGCUCUCACUGUGGGACUGGGUUCAGGCGAUCGUCUGAACUCACUGUUCACCAGCGAAUUCACACAGGGGAGAGGCCAUUCACCUGCUCCAUCUGUGGGAGAAGAUUCACUACCUCAUCCCACCUGUUGAUACACCAGCGAGGUCAUGCUGCGGAAAGGCCGUUUACCUGCCCUGAGUGUGAGAAGGGAUUCACUAAUUCAUCGGACCUAAUGAUCCACCAGCGAGUUCACACUGGGGAGCGACCGUUCACCUGCCCAGAGUGCGGGAAGGGGUUCACUCAGUCGGCAACCCUGCUCAGACACCAACGCGUUCACACUGGAGAGAAGCCGUUCACCUGCUCAGAGUGUGAAAAGGGAUUCACAGAUUCGUCCCACCUUUUGAAACACCAGCGAGUUCACACCGGGGAGCGGCCAUUCAUCUGCCAUGAUUGUGGCAAAGGAUUCUCUGAUUCAGCCACCCUGCUGAGGCACCAGCGAGUUCAUACUGGGGAGAGGCCGUUCCCCUGCCCCGAGUGUGGGAAGGGAUUCACUUCAUCCUCCCACCUGCUGAGACACCGGCGACUUCACAAUGGGGAAAAACCAUUUUCCUGCCCUGGGUGUGGAAAGGGAUUCACUAAUUCAUCUGAUCUGCGGAUACACCAGCGUGUUCACACUGGGGAGAGGCCAUUCACUUGCUUGGAGUGUGGGAAGGCGUUCACUCUUUCGUCCAGCCUGCUAAGACACCAGCGAGUUCACUCCGUAGAGAGGCCAUUCAUCUGCUCUCAGUGUGGGAAAGGAUUCACUCGGUCAUCCCAUUUGUUGAGUCACCAGCGAGUUCACAAAUAAGGAUAUUUCUUGUUUGUCGCAAACAGGCCUGAACCAUGUCUUUGGUUUACAGUUCUGCUGAGGUUAAUCAACUGGAGCACAAUUCAAAGCAUUAAUGUUCUGGA